GAACAGCUCACAGAAUGGAGAAGAGAAAAGAAGAUCUCAACAUGUGUUUCUGUCAGCGGCUGAAGCUGCUGGACUAGAGGGCUGAGCAGAGAACUGAACUACAGUGGGUGCGCGGGAAGAGUUGGAAUGGAGGGUCUGUUGUGGAGACAGUGAGUCACGACAGCAGUGACGAAGUGAGGAUUCCACAUGCGCGCGCAAGCACACGCACAUCUACCUCAGGACUGGUGCGCUCACACGGAUGGUCGUGCCGGCUCGGUGUUCUAGCAGCACUCUGGGACUCCGAGGGAGCAGCAUCUCUGGGCACACGUGUGCCCAAAAGGAAUUCAAUACUUCACAGAACUUUAAGGCUUGAAUUCUUCACAUAUGGAACUGUCAGCAUGACAUUUGACAUCUGAGGGGAAAAGAUCCCGAACCAAAACUCAGGAGGACUAACAGACACAUGAUGACUUACAUGAGCAGCUGUUCAAGAAGAGACUUUGGAAGCUAAUACUAGCAGCUCUCAGAACUUAAUAUGUUUUUCGCUUGUUUUGGCAAAGUGAAAAGCUGAGGAUUGUGAAAAAAGUAGCUUUACUUAUUUUCCAGCGACAGCAUCAGACGUUUGAAGGGAAUCUGUCAAAACUGGAAACCCAGGAGGGUCCACUACUGACUUUGGAAGCUAGCAUUAGCAAUUUUCACUUCGAUGUGAAGAACUAAAUGUUGUGAAAAAGUAUGACAUUUGAAGAGAAAUGGUCAAGAAUGGAAACUAAGGAGGACUAACUGACUCACUGACUUUAGUUAGCGUUUAAUGACAAGAGUUAGACGGGAAUGUUAGCAGGUAAUAAAGCUAUUUAUGUUUUCUAAUGUAAAAACUAAGAAUUUGUGAAAAGUAUGAUAUCUGAAAGGAAAUGGUCAGGAGGGAUAACUCAUUGACUUGCUAGCUGGUUGAGAAGGACUUUGGAGGUUAACGCUAGCAGCUAAGAAGACUGGACACAUUACAGUUUAGAACUGUCACUAUUAACUCAUUAAGAGAGACUUUGGAGGUUAACGCUAGCAGCUACAAAGUCUGGAUACGUUACAGUUUUGGAGGCUGACACUAGCAGCUAAGAAGACUGGAUACCUUAAAGUUUAGAAUUGUCAUUAUUAGCUCAUUAAGAGCGACUCUGGAGGCUAUCGCUAGCAUCUAAGGAGGCAAGAUAAAUUUUACUUUAUUGAAAACAGAUUUGUAAAAGGACUUUUUUCCUUUUCAUUAGUCAACAAGUCAGCGUUAAGUCAUGCAUGGCUUUAGUGUGUGAUAGAGACAGGAAUGACGUUUAAAUGCCUUAGUGAACGCAGCCCUCCUUAUCCCAUCACCUGACUUUUUUGGGCCCUGUUCUGCCGAUGGUACGCUGUGGAGAAGAGGACAAGGAGCCGCUUCAUUUCUUCACUCUCAGAACAUUGUGUUAUUCCAUGGGAACACCGAAGUCUUCUAUCCGCUUUGCAGGAGUGACGCUAUUCGGUGUUAGCUUCUGCAGUUGACUCACAGCUGUCGUCAGAGUUUCUCCUGGUCAAGGGGGGGGCUGAGCUACACUGCUUUUUGUUUUGAGAGUUCUGACCAGUUCCUCAAACCACAGCAAGUCUUCUCUGAGCUUUCAGACCCCUGAGAGUCAUCUGUGCUGGGGAUGGGGUAGCAGCAAUGGUGGUCACACAGUUGGAACUGGAGCUGUGCUACCAGGGGAAGAAACUGCGAGGCUUCACCUGUAAACUGACCCGGUCAGCUCAUGGCUUCCUGCCGGAAAGCUCCUACCUCAUCGCUGCCCAGGUCAUCCUGCCCUACCUGGUCUCUGGGCUGGGCAUGGUGGCGGCUGGACUCGUCAUGGAUGUUGUUCAACACUGGGAUGUGUUUAAAGUCAUCACUGAGGUGUUCAUCCUUGUGCCAGCUCUGGUUGGCCUGAAGGGGAAUCUGGAGAUGACCCUGGCCUCUCGUCUCUCCACUGCUGCGAACACUGGACAGAUGGACGAUCCUAAGCAGCAGUGGUUAAUGGUGUGCAGCAACCUGGCCCUCAUACAGGUGCAGGCCACUGUGGUGGGUUUCCUGGCAGCACUGGCAGCCGUGGCUCUGGGAGCUGUGUCCAGGGGAGGAGUCGAACUGGACCAGGCUGCUGUUCUCUGUGCCAGCAGUGUGACCACUGCAUUUAUUGCUGCUCUCUCGUUAGGGCUGGUCAUGAUUGGCGUAAUCAUCGGCUCCAGGAAAGUGGGCAUUAACCCGGAUAACGUGGCUACCCCAAUUGCUGCCAGUCUGGGAGACCUCAUCACCCUCUCUCUGCUGGCCGGGGUCAGCAGCACCCUCUUUAACUACAGAGAUAUCUGGUACCUCUCUCCCUUGGUGUGUAUGUUCUUCCUUGUGCUGAUCCCGCUGUGGGUUGUGAUUGCUCGGCGGAGCCUUCAGAUCAGAGAGGUGCUACGGUCCGGCUGGCAGCCUGUUAUAGUGGCCAUGUCCAUCAGCAGCUUUGGUGGCCUGAUACUCGACAAAACAGUCAGUGAUCCCAACUUUGAGGGCAUGGCUGUCUUUACACCUGUCAUAAACGGUGUUGGUGGGAACUUGGUGGCAAUCCAGGCGAGCAGAAUCUCCACCUACUUGCACUUCUGGAGCAUCCCAGGUGUUCUGCCCUAUAAGAUGAGGCAGCACUGGCCGAACCCCUGUGUGACCUUCUUUUCUGCAGGAGUGAACUCUAAAUCAGCGCGAGUACUUUUCCUGCUGGUGGUGCCGGGACACCUGGUCUUUCUUUUUGCCAUUAAAAUGCUGCAAGGUGGCCACACUGCCAUCACACUGGCCUUCACCUGCUGCUACCUAUGUGCUGCUCUUCUCCAGGUGGGCAUCCUGCUCUAUGUGGCUGACCUGAUCGUCCGGCUGAUGUGGAGGAAAGGCCUGGACCCAGACAACUUCUCCAUUCCCUACCUGACAGCUUUGGGAGAUUUGCUGGGCACUGGAUUCUUGGCCUUGUGCUUCCGCCUGGUCAUGCUAAUGGAGGGGCUGGGCCUAUGAGAGGCAGCCCGUCACCCCCCAGGCCUUUAGUGGUACUCCAUUAAGGCAACAUCUUGUGGGCUAGCACCGGUGGUCACUGGGAGGUCAAAUACGGGGGUCCAGAUAAGAAAGGACAAAGACCACUGUUCUUGUGGGCUAGCUGGUUGUAGAUCAUUUCUCUGGGACAUCAGAAGGUAAACUUUGACUGGCAAGAGCGACUGUCUGUGUUAAACUUAUACUGUAAUACCUGUUCUGUGGAUGUCGUCCUGUGGCCUUUGAUGUUGCCUUCACACAUACAUCCACCUACAAAUAUUGCAGGGCUUUUUAAUCUAAAGAACUACAAUAGACUAUAGGUAUUGUUUCUGGGUUGUCCACUCAUCCACUGUGCCAUGUAUUAACUGAGCUUAAAUGUGUUUAAAGUUGUGAGGACUUCAAAGGAUGCAAAGAUUUCCACAAGUUGAAGGGUUGAUGGCCACCAGGUCUACCUUCGCUCUCUCUGUUUUGGAUAGUUUCCGUGAUGGAAGGGAUACUUACCUGUUAACUGAAGAGUGAAGAACGUUAAAUGAUUCAGAGCUGUAUUGAAGCUCAUUCCAGUGCUGGAUUGAAUUACAGAACAAAAUAAGAAUAAUUCUCAAAGGGACCUGACUGGAUGGGGGAGAUUUGAGGUUUAGCUGCUAAAAAUGUCACCAUGAAGACUAAAUAUUCAAGUUUUCUUAGAUUUCUUGAAUAUUCCACCAUGAAGAUGAAUAUUUUGAGUGUUCUUGACUUGCCUUUCAGUGACUUUGUCUCACUAUUUUUGCACAACUGAGAACUUCUCUUCUGUACAUUGUGACUGUCAGUCAUGCAGAUUUUAAAGAAAUGAUUCAGCAAAAAAUCUAAUUUACACAGUUGUCAACUUCCCCUGGGCGUAGUCCACCAGACAAGAUGUCAAAAUUUUGCUUGUUUUGUGCUGAAGCUGUAAAGUUAGCAUUGCCAGCAAACACUACAAGUGAGUAGUCAACCAAAUCUUCUCUUGAACAACAUCCAACUCAUUAUUAAGGUCAUGCAGACUUGUCAGUAUGGUGUAGGACACAGUACAACUUACUGUAAACUACAAAAAUGAACAAAACUUUGUUGUGGAGGCAGGUGUUGGGUCAAUUUGACUCUCAGAAUCAGUGACUCCCAUCACAUGCAUGCACGUCAUGCAAACAUAUGGGCCCUAGAUUGUUUGUGACUUUAUGUUUGUAUUCAACUUCAACAUUCUAGAUCAAACAGUUGUUCAUAAAAAGAAAACCAGUAAAGCUUCCUGUAAACCAAAUACACAAAUCCAGUCAACCUUAUUGAAGACCUGGAUGCAGUUUAAGUGGGUUGAGAGACGUUGUGGGGAUGCAUGUAUAUAAAAAAUUUGGGUGACUAUUGACUUCUAGUGUUAGCAACAUUAUCCUCGUAGCUCCAGUUUAAAACUAAAGAAGCAAACUUUGGACACCGUGCCUUUGGCUGAUCAGCUACAUCUGGGGUGUAAGUGGAAAUUGUGUUUAUUAAAUUUUUUCCCUUAUUAUUCCUUUAACUUUUACUAGAACAAUACACUGACAUGUUUAGGGUAGAUAUGGCAGUUUUAUUUCAAACACCUUAACUUGAAGUACAGGUAACCUCAUUCGCAUGCUUUUGUACAGUUUUCUUGCUGCCCUCCAAUAAGGUUUUGAUAAUUUCACUGUUUAACUUAUGUCUGUACAAAAAGGGUGUUACACUAUAUUUCACAAACUGAAAUGACUUAGAAAGGACCACUCUACCACAGCGUCUGACAGUGUUCCCUCCAGCCCUUAUAAACUGCGAUGAAAUAAACAAAAGCUCUAAAUAAAAUCCAGAUGGUUGAUUUCUUCACUUCAGCCACAAUUUGAAAUAGGCUUACUGAUAACACAAAUCAAGAUAACUACUACAUUGUGCUGGCUAGUGUACACAGUUAAUAUUUCAGCUCUCAUAGUGUGUGCUAAAGGUGCGGUUUCUGUUAAAAAUGAUUUGUAUUAUUGCUCCAGUAGAGCUCCAACUAUUAGUGAGAUCAUGCCAUUUAAGUGAGCUUUUCUGUGACAUCAGUCCUGCGAAUUGUUUGAAACAAAUCCUAAUUAAUGACGUUUUUCUGUGUGGAAUUUGUCAAGUAGUUUUCCUCCUCAGCCUGGAAGAAGUGCUGACUGUGAGUCAUGGUUGUAAAUUUAUGAGAAAAAAAAUCCAAAAGUGCUUACGAAGCCCAGUUGGUACUGCACCUGCCAGAUUACAAGCACUCCACGUUCUAAAACAUGGUACCAGCUGUUAGGCAAGGUUAUCCAUCUAAUUUCAUCAUUUUGAAGACUCGUACAAACUUGGAUAUACAGUAUUAAUCCUGCAUCCCAUGCAGAGUAAAUGGACAAGGGAUGGGCCAAAAAACUCCAAAGCUGAUCUGAAAGUGAACAUUUCUCAGUAUUAUUUGCAGUAUUGUUAAAAUAUAAUGGGAAAAAGCUGUAAUACACAAUCAUUUCACCAUGUGUAUUUUUUAAUGGACCUCUUGAGAUGUACAGAAAGUCAUUCAGAGUGACUUGAUGUGAAAUCAUGUAAAACAUGAGUUACAAUGUCUAACAACACAAAUAUAGCCAUUUUAUUUACUAUCCAGAGCCACCAGUGAAGCUACGUGUCUUCUGAGUUUUAUAUGUAAUGUUCAUGAUGGUAAAAUAGUAAUUAAAAAAAAUAAAUAAUAAAAAAAAAUAAAAAAACACUUUUCUCUUACAAUGCACUCUAUGUAGCCCUCUUCCUUAAAAGGAUUUUUAAACAAUGCAGUUUAGGCCAAUAUGUCAAUCAUGAGGCUGCAUAUUCAUAACCAUUUCAUGUAGUAACUUUCUGUGCAUGAGCUUUUAGAUGCAUUAAACUCUUCAGACGUCUGGUUCCUAUCGCCACCACUGCUAUUAAUUAUGACUCCUUAAGUUUCACUACAUUAGAGCAUUUUACAUUAAGCAUCUCUGAGUGACUUUAUUUACAUCUUAAAGAUUUAAUUAUGCAGAAAAAAAUCAGUGGAAUUCCCUUUCAAUAUCAAAGUAAACUUAAAUAAAUAUAACUAUGACCACCACAAUUACUUGUUUACUGUAAGCAUGCAUUAUGCUGGCACAUGUUUCUCAAGGACACUGUAGAAGUACUUAUUUUCACAUUUAUUACCACUUUGCAAAGACAGUAAUUGUACACCGUUAUGAAAAUUUGAAACUGUAUGAUCAUCGGGCUUCAUACCAUGAAAUAUGGUAUGAAAUAUUUAUCACUAGAGUCAACAGAUAAUGACUGACCGCAUUGACCAUCACUUUGUGCUCUCUCACCCUCUAGAUUACGGAAGUAUUAGGUUGUGUUUUGACCUCUAAAGCAGUUCUUCAGGAGUAGCUGACAAGGAAGUCAGUGGAU